GCCGCUUAAAGAAUACAUCCAGAAUGAUUGCAAGUAUGAUGCGUGUAUUUACCAUGGAAUCUUUAAAAAUUAUUGCAAAUUUGGAAGUCGAAGUUGAAUCCGAGAGUGCAAAAAUUAACGGUGAUAGUAAGUGUACAGAAAAGAUUCGUGAUAUCGCUGAAAUUCGAGCAAAAUACGAACAUCCAGAACAACCUUGUGAUCAUAAUUGUCACGCUUCAAAAGGUCCUUGCUGGAAAAAUUCAGUAACACGUAAAGGAAGUACCUGGUUGAGAAGAGAAGGAGAAGUUGGAGUUUGCUGAAUAUGGAGACAUAUCUGAUGUAUCCGCUGCACCAAAAUUUGAAGUCUGAAAUAACAUAUUCAUCUCUGGUUAGUCAGUCAAAAAUGUAUUCUACACACCGUUUGAAGCCGAACAAGUCUACCGUGGAAACGAUGUAUGAGACAAAGCAGUCUUCAAACCCAAACACUACAAAACCAACCAUGGUGGAGCCCAAAAAGGGAAACUUAUUUCAAACUGCGUUCAGUUCGUUGACGAAUCUCCUUGUCGACCAGCUAGUAAAAGUUCCCGCAUCUCUAAUCAACAAUCUCUCCAACGUCAACAACACCCUGUCCGUGACGAUCGUUCCGAACGAAGGGAUCAUCUCUCACGAAUUUUUUAAAUCCCUAACUAGCAACAAGGAUAAUUUUAACGAUAGCGUGUACAUACAAAGAAAACAAGACAAAGAACCCCCAAUCGAUUUCGUAGACGCGAUUAGAUUAAAUAAUAAAGUUCACUUCCCAAAGGACGAAUUUCUCAGAAUCACAAAUCAGGACUCCAAAUUCCCUGUUUUGGACGACUUCGAUUUGUGCCUAGACACAGAGCCGAUGUUUUUAUAUGAGAAACCAUUCGACAAUAAGGAAAUUAUCACGAACCAAACUCUUGAAAAGGAGAAAUCAGAAUCCAACAAAGGUACUGUAAAGGACAAAGUCAUUUCGAAGGACGAAAUUAUUUUUCAGGACAAACCAAUUUCUCCAGAGGAUAUGCAGAUUUCUGAUUCAUCUUUGAAAGAAUCGACAGAGGAAAAGAGUCCAUCAACGACAAAUCUUUUUUUCAAUAUGUUGAAAAGGGUGGUGAACGGCGUGACUGAACAUUUUCGACCAAUUUCUCCGGGCUCGGAAGGUUGUAUAAACGUAUAUCAGACUACAAAGACUCGCCGGAAGCCCAACUGUGUUUCCAGUGGCAGAGGACGCGGCCGGGGAAAAUCUCAGCUGAGGCGUAAUGGAGUAAGUCAGACUAGACACAGAAAAGAAAGAUGCAAACAUGCGAUUUGCUCUGAUAUUCAGGACGACUUUGACACUUGGGAGGAAUUUGAAGCUUACACAAUACCUUUAAGUUGCUUGGGAGAAAAUGAGGAGUUGGAGAAUAUGGCGGAAGUCAAGGGUCCUUCCUAUUCACUGAGUUUCGAAUUGAUUGACAUUAUACCUACCAAGACUAAUAAGGAGAGGAAGAAUGUCGGUGUAAAAACCGAGAGCUUCUCGAUGCAAGUCAAAUAUGUACCUGAAUGUUCCUUGGAUGAAAGAGAGGCAAAUUGUACCAUAGAUAAAACAGCCUGUCGGACCAGACUGAUUUCGGAAGUUUCUGUCGAUUCUGAGGAUAGCUAUAUAGUCUUUGAUACAGGUUGCGACUCUGAUUUCGAUGAUUUCAACUCUUCCGAUGAAGAAGAUGCGAGCGAAAGUGAAACUGAAUCUGAAAGCGAAAGUGAGCCUGACGAUACGCCGGCGCAUAAGGUCCGCUUUAAUUUGAAUCCGACCAUCCAUAAAAUGGUAAAAUGGGAUUUCGCAUACAGAGCCGCACGCCUUGGUCCCUGGGAAACAAUGGCACGAGACCGAGAGAGAUUCAGAGGCCGCAUCAACCAUGUCGGCCGAGUCAUCGAACCCGUUUUAGCCACUGAUUUCAGAACCAAAAUUUGGAAUGAGCGAUUCGCAACUGAUGAAUCAUCUCAGAGACAUCUUUCUGCUCAAUAGAGACUGGAGUAUUUCGUUUUAAGUAAAAUAUCAUGUUUACGUUAGAUUAAUUUGGCGAAGAGAAGGAAAGUUUUAUUCGCGACUUCUUGAAAUUUCAUUCCAAAGAAACACCGAUUAUCGGAAACAGAAAUUGGCUUCUAAACAGCCUUGUCGAGAAGCAUCUAUGUGUAUUAAUUGUUUUCUAAUUACAAUCUCAAUUAAAUUAUUAAAGCCUUAAUUAAGUCUUAUUUUUUUAUUACGACUGCGAGUAUAAUAUUCUCAGUGUCGCCUGUUUGUAAGAAAGUAAUAUAUUCUAUUAGAAUUAAGACUGCUAAAUAAUGCGUUAAUUUACUCUGAUAGUCUUAUGUAAUAUAAUUCUUUUAACUGACAAAGUAUCUAAGAAAAUUUUAACCGCCCGAGGCGCAAUUUACAAGUGGCUUACUUUAACAAAUUUUUUCUUUAUACUCUCUUCGCCAAAUUACCAAAAUAAACUAUCAGAAAGUUGCUAGCUUUACGCAGUUAAGUCACCCUGAGCUCCUUUUUAAUCGCGGGUAAGUUAAUUUAGUCAAUUUUUUAAUAUCAGAGAAAUAUCUCCGUGAUUUCAACUUCUAAGACUUUUUUUUUUAUUUUCUCGGAAAAUUCCGUAUAUUUUUUUCGUCGGCGAAUUCUAUCACGAAUUCAUCUUGUAUACAUAUGUACAUUAAUAUAGAGUAAAUAAAUUAGAGGCGUAAGUUUAUGUAUAAAGAUAAACCGCCUUUCCAUCUAGACGAGGAUUCCACAUUUGGACUUUUAAUCUCGGAAAAUGAACUAAUUCAAAAAUUUUACUAAAUGGCUUAUUUAAUGUUUUUCUUCCUUCAAGUCCUAAUGCGGAUUUUACACCCGGAUGGGAAGAGACGAUUUAAUGUUUAAUGUAUAUGUAUUUCUAUGAGAAUGAGUCGACAGUUGGGGAAUUUGUGCAGAUUUAGCUGAUGCAUUUUAAUCCCGUACGAUAAUGUCUAGGCAAAUUUGCUGUUUCAAGCUAUUUCAAGUGUCGUAAAUCCGUUUUUUGUAAUACUACCUAUCGCUCGUGAGAAGCGGGUAAAUUUUAUUUUUCUAUCUGCAUACAUUCUUUCCUUGCUGCCGGUGUUACUGGUAUUUAUGUAAAACUAAUAAAUAGUUUGAAUCUUUAAUCAAGA